AUUACUUUUGCAUUAACAAAAAACCUUGUAGUUAACUUAAGUUAACAUGCUUUUCUCAGAGCGGUCCAUUGGGUUAUUGUGUGCAGAUUUCUUUCUUACACUGUAUGUGAAUAACAGCUGGGGUCAGUCAGAGGAGGGAGGGAGGGGGUUGAAGCUGCUUUCUUUUAACAAAGGUCUCUUACACCUCUAUGAACACACAUUCACUCAUUCUCAAGGACUGCAUGACGAAGAGCCAGACGAGUCACAGCUAAAGGUUUUAACACCUUAUUUUUUCCAGUAACUAUGCUGUACUUUUUGAGCUUCAUUCUGCUUCUAGACAGUGUAGAAAAUGCACUUGUCAGUAAAACCAGCGCGAUCAGUGACGUCUCGGUGAGGUUGUUGGACGGUACUGAUGCUUGUUCUGGAAGGGUCGAAAUUUACAAGGACAGCGACUGGGGCACCAUUUGUGAUGAAGGGCUGGACGAUGUCGAAGGCAACUUGGUCUGCUAUGAGGCAGGCUGCGGUCCUCUCAUAUCCAUACAGCCUAGUGCUUUCUUUAAAGAGGGUUCGGGAUUGGUACUGACGGAUGACCUAAACUGUUCUGGGAACGAGAGCUCGGUGCUCGACUGCAAUUGGGGGAACCACACCAACGUGUGUAACCACACUGACAUGUGUGACCACACCGACGUGUGUGACCACACGAAAGAUGCUGGAGUCAUCUGUGACUCCACCCUUAGGCUACAAGGUGGCAGCGGCAUGUGUUCUGGGAGAGUGGAGAUUUUCCACGACAGACAGUGGGGAACGGUCUGCGGCACCACCUGGGAUCUUUUGGACUCAGAGGUGGUGUGUAAAGAACGUGGCUGUGGAAGCCCAGUAGCUUCAUACUACAAUGCUUAUUUCGGGAAGGGAGCAGGUCCAGUAUGGAUGGAUGGCGUCAGCUGCACUGGUCGUGAGAGUUUGCUGAAAGAUUGUGUGUUUAGCGGUUGGGGAGUGACCACUUGCACUCAUGCGAAUGAUGCUGGAGUCACUUGCUCAGAGUUUAUGCUUGUAGAUGGACCAAACACUUGCUCCGGGAGGGUGGAGGUCCUCUAUGAACAUUUGGGGUGGGGAACCAUUUCAGACGACGACUGGAAUGUGUUGGGUGGAGAUGUGAUCUGCAAACAGAUGGGUUGUGGAAGUGCACUGAGAGUCAAUGGUGGAUCUGCUUUUGGGAAGGGUUCAGGUACGGAAUGGAUGUAUGAUACCGCAUGCACGGGAACUGAAAUCUCCCUGAAAAAAUGUCUUUCAGGCUAUGAGAAAAAGAGUUCGCACAACAAUGAUGCAGGAGUGGUCUGCAGAGAGGUGAAACUGGUAAACGGCCAAACAUUUUGUUCUGGCACUGUGCAAGUUCGUUAUACUGGAGAUUGGGGCACAAUAUGUCACUACAACUGGGAUCUACCGGAUGGUAUUGUGUUGUGCCGAGAACUCGGCUGUGGUCCUCUUAUAGGGACUAAUGCGUCAGCUGCUUUUGGGAGUGGUACAGGAAAUAUUCUGAUGGAUAAUGUUCUGUGUACUGGGAGUGAGUCCUCACUGAAGGAGUGCAGUCACUCUACGUCUGUAAACAGCCUCUGUACACAUUCAAAGGAUGCAGGAGUCGUCUGCGGAGAAGUGAGAUUGGUAGAUGGAGACAGCAUUUGUUCUGGAAGGGUGGAGGUUCUUAGAAACAACCAGUGGGGAACUGUUUGUGGAAACAGCUGGGACAUGACUGACGCUGUAGUUGUCUGUAAAGAGCUGGGCUGUGGAAGUCCGGUAGAGGUAAACAAAGGUGCUUAUGGAAGCGGUAUUGGACCAAUAUGGAUGGAUGAUGUGAAAUGUACAGGCUCUGAGUCCACGUUGAAGGACUGCAGGUCAAACGGAUGGGGAGUACACAACUGUGAGCACACAAACGAUGCAGGGGUCGUCUGCCAAGAGGUGCGAUUGGUGAACACGAACAACAAGUGUCAGGGCACAGUGCAGGUGUAUCAUGACGGCCGGUGGGGAACAGUGUGCCACAACAGCUGGGAUAUCGCAGAUGGUUUAGUGCUCUGUAGAGAGCUGGGCUGUGGUGGGAACGCACAGCCCUUGGCAAGUGCCUAUUUUGGGCCCAGUGAUGGGCUGAUAUGGAUGGAUUCACUCAGAUGCAAAGGUGACGAGUCAAACCUGAGGAAAUGCCAGUUUGGUGGGUGGGGAAACCAUAAAUGCAUUCAUGCAUAUGAUGCAGGAAUCAUCUGCAGAGAAAUUAAAAAUGUGCUCAGGAUUGAGGUGAACGCUGACUCUGGCGCAAACCCCAACGACCCUUCAUACAUGACAAAACUACUGGACAAAAUCCAGGAAGAGCUCAAAAACUCCGGAAACUUCGCUGUCAAGUGGAGAACUCAGUUGAAUGGGCAGGUGUUUCAGGAAAAGAAAUUAUUUGAUCCCUGACAG